CCGACAGAUUUUCUAGAUUCAACGAAGAGCGUGAUUUCCAGGGUGGGAAUCACUUUGACCAGUAUGAAGAGGGCCAGUUGGAGCUGGAGCAGGCAUCCCUGGACAAGCCCAUCGAAUCGCGAAUUGGCCCCUAUUAGCUAAGCAGCAAUGACCCGCCCAGUAUUUUAAAGCCAGGUUCGUAUGGAAAUGCCUUCACUCCACUUGCACUGCUGUUGGACUCGCCGUCGUUGCUUUCAUCUGUCUGUCUGUCUAUUCUUUUGGUGCACUCGUCUGUUCAACACCCAGUCUGCUCCUCAUCUCCGCCCUCUAACUUUUGCUGAACACAUUUUGAACGCAUCGUUUUCUCACUGUCAGCAGUUGGAACUGUUGCCUCAUCCAACAUGCCCUUGCUGGGUUUUUCUUUUUUUUUCUUUUUUGUUGUUGUUGUUUUUUUUUUUUUAGGGGGGGAGGUUGUUUUUUAAUAUAAUUAAUUGAUUUAAAUACAAAAAAUUGAUUUGUUAAAGGGAGCAUAUACAUUUAUGGCACUUGAGUCUGAGUCUUUUUUUUUCCUAACUACCACGUUAUGUGCUGGAGAAAUAAAUCAGCUAACAUCAAUUGUGCAGAGGAUGAGGGAGUGCCUUUCUCAGCAGUUAGUUCAGGGUGGAUUUUAUUUUCUCGAUUCCUUCUUCAUAGGUCAGCUAAUUCCCCUCAUCAAUAAAUGCUUUUUGUGUAGAGUCUUGUCACACUCCAAUACUGCAGUUAAGGACAGAAGCAGGUUCUGUGUCAAGAACAGGAGUGGCUUUCACUGCAGCAAAUUCUGCAGUGUUUUCCCCUAACAAUAAAUUCAGAGCACAUUUUGUCUAUUAGGCAUGAAGAAAUGAUCCUUAGUGGCCAUAAAGCCUCUAAUUCUUAUAAGUCCUUGCCCAACUGCUAGGCAGCAACAAGUAAUAAACCGUGAUUUGCAGGACUUUUUAAUUUAGCCUUCAGUGUCCUGAUUUAGGAGUUGAUUCAGGCAGUCUGUCUCCAGUUGCCUUCCUGCCAUGUUAGUCCUAGCACAUAUUUCUCUCUUAUCUCAUCCCACAGCGGAAAGGAUCUGACAGUUGCACAGUAAAAAAAAAACCAACCCACCAAACUGUAACAUAAACAGCAAGUGAAGAAUUUGAGUCUUUCUUGAGCAUUUGCUGCAAAGAUCAGCCAGAUGAUUUGGAUAUGUUAUUCUUGUCACUAAAAUGCAAAGUAUUUUUAAGUGUCCUGAGUAUGUCACAAUUUACAAGUAUGUCACUUGUAAAAUGGGGCAAAGGAAGGCAACAGUUUACUCUGAAAAAGCACCUUAAAAAGGGCCACAGCCAGAUGUAUCUCAAUUAAAGUCUCGUGGGCGGAGAUGCAGUAUGCAUACUGCGUGUGUGAGUACCACUCCCCUUCACAUGCACUAACUCAUACAAGCCCAGUUCACCUUCACCACCCUAGAAACUCACCCUCAUCAUGGCUCAGCCUGCUCUGUUCUGCUCCCAACCUCCUGUUUUUACCAAAGAGAACUAAUUGAGCCCUGUUGAGCCAUCACUUUCCUUUCUGUGCCUGAACCACCUGAGACUAACACAGUUGGAGUUUUUUUUUUUAACCCGCCCACACCCCUCAGCCCGCCCCACUCCUCUGUAUGUGUACCAUUCACAGUGCGCUACUAACACCGACGAUCCUUUUUGUUAAAACUCUUUAACAAAAAGCUGCAUGCAGUUUUUUUCUGUUUAAACCCCUUCACUUUCUGUUUGUGAAAGUUGAUGUCAAUCUCUUUGUGAUUAUAAAUAUCCUUUUUUGUUUGGUUUGUAUGUUUUUUGGUAGAAUGCAGCACUCUGGUGAAUGUUAGACAAGCUUGGAAUAGUUAUAAUCACAACAGCAAAACACUGCUUAUUAAGAAAUCUCAUUGUUACCUGUUUAUUUGUGCUUGAGGAUGUACUGUAGUGUGUAGUGGUGGGACGGUCUUGCAUUUCACUUAAUGUUUUUGUUUUCUUGCUGACCCAUACUAGUGAUAUAACGGUCUCCGACAUGCACAUUUGGCCCCACAGUGUGCUGAGAGUUCCUGUUGUGUAUGUUUUGGCACUCCUCUUGCCUCUUUGGUUCAUUAUCAGUUGCUUGAUCUUGUGAUGCGUUUGUCAUAGAAAUCAUUAGUAUUAAAAGAAAAGCCUUGCACGCACAUUCAGAGGCCUCAAGUAGUCUGAAGGUAUGUUUUCUCAUUUCUGAAUACUAAUGAUAUCUAUGAAAAUAUCAAAUUAUAGGUGUUGAAAUUGAUGGGAUGUGAUGAUUGAUAACAGACCAGAGCUGCGAAGGAUGUCCAAAAAUAAGCACAACAGCUAUUUUUUGUAUAUCUGGUGGGGCUACAUGCACACAAUGUGUCCCUCUCGUCACCUGCACACCCGCAUAUCCCCUCACACGUGCAUAUUCUGUCCACCCUGGGCCUUGUAAUGGUAAUCCAAGGCCCACUAGUUCCACUUCUGUCUCUUCCUGUUGCUAUAAUUUUUUGUGACAGCUGCAUAUGUUUCAUGGUGCUCUCCUUGUCAUGGUUACAGAAUCACAGCAAGCUUGGAGUUUCUGGUCUUUGUUUUGUUUAUGCUAGAUUUCCAUACCUGUUCUGUGUUACUUUUCUUUGUGUACUGAGAUCUUGCUCUGUAGUGGUUCAUAUAUGUAUGCGUGUGAUACAUAUAUCGCCCUCUCCUUCCUCCUUCCUACUCCUCCUCCUCUUAACUUCUCAGUUAGUGGAUGUGACUUCAUGUGUUACCUUUAUCAAUGAAAAAUAGAGAAAUGAUCACGCCCAGUUUUUUUUGCCUAAUAAAGGUUUUAAAAAUGCACUCCUACUUCAGGAGGAUAUCUUGUAGUUUACAGAUAACAUAUAGCCUCAUGUAUUGUUCAUAGUUGAAAUUCAACCCUUCCUCUCAGUCUCCCACUUUUUAUUCCCCCACACCCAGCCUCCCUUACCACUCUUUGUGCUGGAAGACACUGAUUAUUACACGCUGUAGGUGAUGACGAUAAUGACGAUGGUGUUGGUGGUGGUGGUUGUGCUGAUGAUGGUAGCGUGAUCUGAGUGUUAUUUUUUUUUUUCUUUGUUAGUUUUUUUAAUUUUAAUUUUGUAUUUAUUUUAUUUUUUCACCCGUGCCUACGGGUAAAGCUCCUCUUAUUAUUGGAAUAUUUUUGGUUUUUUUCUUCUCUUCUCUCUCUGCUAGGAUAACAUCGGGCACCGGCUGCUUCAGAAACAUGGCUGGAAGUUGGGCCAAGGCCUUGGCAAAACUAUGCAGGGACGCACUGACCCUGUGCCCAUCAUCCUUAAGUAUGAUGUCAUGGGGAUGGGACGAAUGGAGAUGGAGCUGGAUUAUGCUGAGGAUGCCACAGAGAAGAGGAGAGUCCUUGAAGUGGAAAAGGAAGAUACAGAAGAACUGCGGCAAAAAUACAAGGACCAGAUGGAAAAAGAAAAAGCCAUCGCAAAAGCUCUGGAAGACCUGAGAGCCAAUUUCUACUGUGAGCUGUGUGACAAACAGUACACCAAACACCAGGAAUUUGACAACCACAUUAACUCUUAUGACCACGCUCACAAGCAGAGGCUUAAAGAGCUGAAGCAGAGAGAGUUUGCCCGUAAUGUGUCAUCACGUUCCCGGAAAGAUGGAAAAAAGCAAGAAAAGAUGCUGCGGCGAUUGCAUGAACUUGCUGAGCAGAGAAAACAGCAAGACCGAACUCCUGGAAGUGGACCUAUGUUCAAAACAACUACAGUCGCUGUAGAUGGAGAGAAAGGAGAAGACAGCAACAGCAUGACACCUGAGAACAGCAUGACACAGUCUUUGGCAGACACUGCCCUGGAAGGAUCACUGUCAGAUAAAACUGGUCAAGCCUCCCCAAAGUCUGGUCCAACCUUUAGCUUCUCUCUGGGAAAGAAUGCCUCAUCAUCGCCAACUUCCAGCAGCGCAUCAAAAGUCAGUGUAUCAUUCUCUUUUGCCAAGAAAGCACCAGUAAAACUGGAGACAGCAGCUGCUGUUUUUGCUGAUCAUGGUGAGGAAGCUAUGGAAACAGAGGAGAGUCAAGAGGGAGAAAAGGCUGGAGGACAAGAUGACACAUCAGGCUGUGGCACAGACAGCCCUAAGGGACUGCCUGGAGGAGGUGAAGGAGGAGAAGGAGGUGGUGGUGCAGGUACAGAAGAGGUGCAGCAGCCUGAUGAUGGAGGAUCUUUAGCAUCAACGCUUAGCAAAUUGAAAAUGAUGAUGAAAACCAAUGAAGGAUCUCCUGGACAAGAGCCUCAGUACUACCACUAUGUACCACCAGCUCACUGUCGAGUAAAGCCACACUUCCAGUUUUUGCUGUUCAUGAAAGCCUCUGAACAGUGUCAGAGCAAAGAUGAAGAUGAUGAGGAAGAGACACAAGAGGAGAACAAGGCUGAAGAAAGUUCAGAACAUACAGAGAGUGGUGUGACAGAGUGCAAGACUGAAAAGGAACAAGGCAACGUUACUGCAGAUGCUGACCCAGACCUAGUUCCUCUAUCAGCUAAAGUAAAGGCAGAAGAGGAGACCCCUUCAUGUGCAGGAGAUGCAGCUCCUGCUGUACCAGCUUCACCCACCCAGAAAGCAGAGACACGUGAUACUGUGGAUACAAACACUGGUCCGAAAAUGCCCACUGGUCCCUUCUUUCCAGUCCUGAGCAAAGAUGAGACUACCACCCUACAGUGGCCAUCGGAGCUCCUUGAAUUUACAAAAGCUCAACCUUCCCUGUCUUACAGCUGCAAUCCCCUCUACUUUGACUUCAAACUGUCCCGUAACAAAGGAGUGCGUGGUGGGAAAGUGGCAAAGUCCCCCAAGCCUGGUGAAGACACUGAUGACAAGGGACAAGAAGUGACUGCUUCACCAUCUGAAGUAGAAACUGCUAAUAAACCUGGAACCAGUGCUGACAAAGACAAGCUAGUGUCAAAAGGAGAGUCUGGCCAGCCAGAAAGUGAAGAACAAAAGCCCACAAGUGGAAGUAAUAGUGCAAAGAAAAAAAAGAAAAAGAAGAAGCAUAAGAAGUCUGCAAAGCAUUCAAAACGCAAAGGAAAAGAAAAAGGAGCGGGAGAAGAUGCAGAGGGUGAGACUGAGGUAACACAAGAAAAGCCCAAAAAAAAGAAAAAACACAAACGUAAGAAGAGCAAAAACAAGGCUCAAGAUCAAGCUGAGGCAACAGGUGAAGAAAAGGAAAAACCUAAACCAAAGUCGGAAGAUAAAGCUGCUGCCUCCUCUGUUCAGCUGACAACUGGAGGGGAAGGAGCUACAGGAAACACAGGAGCAGAACUGGGGAAGAGGAAACGUGCUGCUAAGGAAGUGCCUUGCAAAUCUGGAGCAGAAGGAGGGAAUGGAAAAAGUACUGAUAAGGCCAACUCAUCUGAGGAGCACAGUGGCAACAAAAGACAAAAGACUGACACCAGUGCAUCUCAAAGUGCCUCGUGCUCCACCUCAGCCCAGAAGAGUCCUGGUACUGGUAGACCUCCCAGCAGUGAAAGUGAAGAAGAAGGGGGCUCUAAUACCCAGCGCUCACGUCAUCACAGGUCAAGCCCGAGGGAACAGCGCCGCCACCAUAGUGAAGAAUCAGGGCGAUCCUGCAGCCGUUCAUCAAGACGGGGGGAACGACGAGGUAGCAGUCGCCGGCAUCAUCGUGGCCAAACCUCCCGUAGUCGCUCUUAUUCCAGCAGCUCUGAGCGCUCCUCAGCAGGCAGCAGUGCCUACAGCCACCGUAGCCGAAGCUACUCAGACAGCUACAGCGACUACAGCACAGAAGGUCGCAGACGAAGGCGCUCCAAACGUUCAUCUGACUCUGAGUAUGACCGCAGGAGUAGCCGAGGACGUAGACGAUCCAGGAGGCAUCAGUACACAUCUUCCUCUUCAGAAGACUCGCGCUCACGUUCACGCAGCUACAGCCGCAGGAAGAGGCACAGACGGCAUCAUCGUAGCAGCUCCAGAAGCUCCAGCAGCUGGAGUCGCAGCACUAGUGCAAGAUCCUGGAGGCGGAGCUACAGUCGUAGCUACAGCUCUGCUAGCCGCUCCUCCAGUUCAAAUAAAGGGUCUCCUCACAGACGAAGCACUAGGGGUCGAGAGGAUAGUGAUACCCAUCGCAGAGACUUCAACCGCUCACGUAUCUACCGCUCCCAGUCUCCACGGUCUUCUUCUUCACGAGGCCUUAACCGAAACACCCAUUCAUCGAGCUCGCUGGGUCUGAGACCAGGGGGGUCACGAGAUGCAGGAGAACAGAAAAACACCCUAACUGCACGACAGCUGUUGGAGAAGGUUCAGUCCAAGAAAAGUUCUGAAGAUUCUACCACAGGAACAAAAUCUGGGAUUAAGAUUAAAGACCCACCGCAGGGCUAUUUUGGCCCAAAACUACCCCCAUCUCUUGGAAACAAAGCCAUGCUUCCACUAAUUGGUAAGCUGCAGGCAGGGAAAAAGCCAGCAAUUCCUUUAAUCAGACCUGAAGAGGGAGAGAAAUCAGGGACAGGGAAGAGCUCUGAAGCUGAAGGAGAGGUUAUAUUAGUAGAACCUAUAAGGGAGUUCCCACCUCCACCACCACCUCCAGCUCCACCAGUUCAGAAGGUUGAGGAAGCCCCACAGAGCACAGUGACUCAAGAAGAGACACAGCAGCCUGCAACAGAAGACCAGGGGCACCAAGAAACCCGGCCAGUAUUUGAACAAGAGCCCUCCAUGAUGAUGCCCCAGUACCAAGGAGAGUCAGGACAGGACCUUUCCCAGAACCCAAUGAUGGAGUCCAUGAUGCCUGAAAUGCAGCAGCAGCAGGCUGCCAUGCAUGCCUACCCUGGUUACCCACCACCCAGCUUGGAGGAGGAUGGCAUGGAGGCAGAGGAGGACGGACUGGCUCCUUUGGAAAGUCAGCCCAUUACAUUCACACCAGAGGAGAUGGAGAAAUACAGCAAGCUGCAACAGGCUGCACAGCAGCACAUCCAGCAGCAGCUUUUAGCCAAGCAGGUCAAGACUUUUCCCUCAGCUGCUGCAGCGGCCGCUGCCGCAGCAGCUGCCACUUUGGCCCCAGCGCCCCCUCCACCAGCCCUGCAGCAGAUCCACAUUCAGCAGCCAACUGUGUCCGUAGCUUCUGGCACAUCCAUCACCACAGUGCAACAUGCCAUCCUUCAGCACCAUGCAGCCACUGCUGCAGCAAUGGGCAUCCACCCAGCUCAUGCCCACCACCCACAUCCGGCACAUGCCCAGCUGGCCCAGGUACAUCACAUUCCCCAGCAUCACCUUACCCCCAUCUCCCUGUCUCCUUUGGGGCCCUCACUUGGUCAUUCUCUGGGACACUCACUGGGGCAUGCAGGAUUGAUCCCUGCCCACCCAACAGCCUUCCUCUCUGGUCAGCCAAUACAUAUUAUCCCUGCUUCUGCACUUCAUCACACCCCCUUAGCUCUCCACCAUGUUCCACACACAGCCCUCUACCCCACACUUUUCACACCCCGACCCUCACAGGCUGCAGCAGCAGCAGCCCUUCAGCUCCACCCACUCUUACACCCAAUAUUCUCAGGACAGGACCUCCAGCACCCCCCUAACCACGGCUCUUGAAAACAAAUGAAAAUGAAGUAGUGUGUUCACAACAACCAACCACUAAAAUAAAGACUUAACCUGAACUCUCUUGGUUUAGGGUUUUAAAUAAAGUCUUUGUUACAUCAUGCAGGCUGUAAGACGUGAAUCUUGUGAGAACUUUACUGGCCUUCACAGUGCAGCACGUCCCCACAAAGUGGUUAAGACUGCUGGGUUCAAAAUUGACACUAACAUUUUCUUCUGGUACAUGUGAGAUUUUUAUUUUCUCAUGUUUUCACAGAUUUUUUUUCUCCCCCUCUAAAAACUGUAGAAACUUCCUCUAGACCAUUGGUUUAUAUUCCAAUUUGGGGAAUAGUAACAGCCUCAGAAACUACUGGAGCUUUUUUGGUUGUUUUUUUGCUCAUUUUGGCAGCCAAAGAGAUACAUGAUGGCUAAAAGUGUAAGCAGAAUCAUGUUACGAUUCAAGGAAGUGGUUUUGUUCUAGAGGUGAACAUUUUAAUCUGUGUAAUCUAAUUUUCAGAGAUGGACUCUUUCAUAAUUACUGAUCUCUUGUUGUGUUUUCAAAUGACUACUCACUCUCUAUUGGAUUCUUGGUUUAAAAGUAAUUUGUAAUGCAGUAACUUGUACAUAGAUCAGUGUGUAAUGUGAAGAAACCCACCAGUGACAGCCAUAUGGAAAAAAAACAAAACAAAACAGAUAUGGUGUCCAAACAAGUAUGACAUUGUCAUACAAGAAGCCCUCUCUAAAUCAGGGGAAAUGUGAUGAAGGGGUAUAAAUCUCCUGAAUACUCUGAAGCAAAGCUCUUGUUCCCUGAGAUGAGGGUACAUCUGAAUCAAUUGCACUGAAAUCUGUACAUCAAGAUGGUGCCUGUGCAUCAUAUAAUAAGAUUGUAGUAUACUGCAAUAAUUGUAUUUUUCUGUUUUUUAAAUUAUUUUCCAAAAUGCUCUUCAAAAGAAGAGCUGUGUUUGGCUUUUUUUGUGUGUAAUUUUGUAAAUAAAACUGCUGUAGAUUAACCUAUUAACGUUCUACUGGGUUGACACUGCUGUUGGGGGGAGGGGGAAAAGCAGACAAAUGACAAGUUGGAUGGGAGGUGGACACGUAUUUUAUCACGGUGGUUUGUUCAUCCCUGCUGGGGUGCCAAACAGCAGUGAUCUGUUUAAAAAGAAAAGUAGCAACUCUGUAUUUUUUAAAGACUUAACUCUGUUUCACCAAAUAAAAUCCUGAGUUUGUGUGUCUUUUUCCA